AUGGUGUGGUAUCUGCUUCUUUUAGCGAGUUGCGUGCUCGCUCAAGAUACUGGACUCUAUGAGCUCAAUAUAAUACAUUUCAAUGACUUUCAUGCCCACUUUGACGAAGUAAGUCCAAGUGGUGGCGUAUGCAAUCCGACCGUUGCUCCGUGCAUUGGGGGUUUCGCAAGGUUGUACACAGCGGUUCAAGAAGCGUUUGAGGCGGAGCCCGACUCAUUGCUACUUAACGGUGGAGAUAGUUUCCAAGGCACAAUCUGGUACAACUUCUUGCGAUGGAAUGUCACUCAACACUUCAUGAAUUUGCUACCUCAUGAUGCACAUGUGCUAGGUAAUCACGAGUUUGACCACGGCGUGGAAGGCCUAGUGCCUUAUUUGGAACGUUUGCAGGCGCCAAUGCUUGGCGCUAAUGUGAAUACCGCUGGUGAGCCAUCUAUGACACCCUACAUUAAGAACCAUAUUAUUGUCGAGCGACGAGGUAGAAAGAUAGGAAUCAUUGGAGUGCUGCUGCGACAGUUUUCUGCACCCAUUGGAAAUGUAGUAGUGGAGGAUGAGUUGGAAGCUGUGAACCGCGAGGCCGCCAUCUUAACAGAGCAAAACGUGGAUAUCAUCAUUGUACUCUCACAUAUUGGAUACACUAGUGAUUUGGCAUUGGCUGCAAGAGUUUCGCCUACUGUGGACAUAAUAGUGGGCGCGCAUUCACACACCUUACUUUACAAUGGAGAAACACCAGAUGGUGCCACCCCACUCGGUACCUAUCCUACGAUUGUAGAACAAUCAAAUGGACACAAGAUUCCAGUAGUUCAAGCGUCGUGUUACACUCGCUACCUGGGCAACAUCAAGUUCUUCAUUAACGAACAAGGCAUCGUUGAAGAUUGGGAAGGGUUGCCCGUCUACCUGGGUACUUCCAUAGUACAGGAUCCUAAAAUUCUAAUGGAAUUGGAACCAUGGCGCCAGCAGGUCGACACGGUAGGCAAGGAAGUGCUAGGUGUGUCAAGAGUCACUCUAAACAGGUCGUGGUGCUCAAGUGGCGAAUGCAACCUUGGCAGCUGGGUCUGCGAUGGCUUUUUGGAAGAGCUCAUGUUAACGCGCCCAGGUACCGGUUGGAAUACAGUAGACGUUUGUCUAGUCAACACUGGCGGACUUAGGGUCCAAAUUAAUCCUGGAAAUGUAACCACCGAAAGUCUGCUAAUGGCGGUACCAUUCGAGAAUUAUGUACAAAUCUACGACCUGAAAGGCCAAUAUCUCCAGGAAGCGCUAGAGUUCGCCGUCGGCGUUUCUUGGAAUACCACAUUUUCUAGCGGACGGAUGUUGCAAAUAGGGGGUAUACAUAUGGUUGUCAACGCAAAUGAACCCGUCGGAUCCCGUGUCACGGCCACCAUUCGGUGUACCAACUGCGAUGUGCCACGUUACCUGCCGCUUGAACCUAACAAGACGUACAAAGUCUUGACCCAGAACUACAUUGGCGAUGGUGGUGGUGGUUUUUCGAUGUUAGCCGAACACAGAGAAAACCUAGAAAACUUGGAAGUGGACUACGUGUUACUGCAGAGGUACAUGAGAAGACAAGGAAUCGUGGUGAAGGAUCUCGAUGGCCGAAUAGAAAUAGUUUAUUAA